AGCUUUCUUCUCUCCGUGGGCUGCUCAUAGAAGGGCACGGAACCAGCUCUGAUGGAGCCACUUGUUCUACACUAUUAAUUAUAUUUAAACUCUUUUGCUCACCCUUCACACCUCCCCUCACAAUGGAGAAAGCCUCCUCAGGAGAUAUGGAUUUGGAUGAGUGGGAGUACAUCCCUGAUGAUGAAGAUGAUCAUGGCCUUUUUGAUAUCAAGCUCUCAAGGAAGAUGGGUUUUGAUCAGAAGUGUGUAUUCGACAUGAAUUACUUCAUCUGCCCAUCUCCUACUCCUUCAAGACACAUCUUUGAUCCGCCUCCAAAAUCGAGUCUUCCGAUUCCGAGGAGGGAUUCGAAGAAACUUGUUCCGAUCCCAGUUCGAUUGGAACCAGUUUCAGUGAAGAACCCAGAUCAUGAAUUUGUGAAAGAUGAAUCUGAGGUUCCAGUUGCGAAUCCAGAAGCAGCAGUUACAGGGGAUCAAGAGAUGGUCUCGCAAGUCUUCUUCAGGAAAAUGAAGGAGAAUGAAUUUGUCGACAUGAAAAUGGACUCACCCAAAUCAGGGAAUACAGGGAUUAAGCCUCAGUCAGAGCUGGGCUCCUUUCCAUUUGAGGAGAAAGACGCAGGCUUUAAAGGUGAGGCCAAGGAACACAACAAGCCUUCUUCUAGAGUGGCAACUGAGCAAGGAAUGGUGAAGGAGGACUACCCAGAUUCCAAAAUCAAUAGAGAAAGCAACUGGGAAGGUGGGUUUUCUAUCUUGAAGUGGAGACUAUCUGGGUUUGGUGCUCUCUGCUCUGUAGGUGUGGCUGCUGCCACUAUUUGCAUCUUCAUCUUUGGAACCCACCAGAGACACAAGCAUCACCUGAACCAGAACCAAAAGCUUCAUUUCCAAAUCUAUGCCGAUGACAAGAGGAUCAAAGAAAUGGUUAACCAUGCUACUAGAUUGAAUCAUGCUAUUUCAGCAGUGAGAAAUGCUCCAUUGACCAGAGCUACCAUUUCCUUUGGGGGUUACUAUGAUGGUCUUUAGAACUAAAAAGCUGUCUCCUUUUAUGUAUAUACUGCAUAGUUGCAGACCAUAGCGGAGAGUGAACAUCUGUAAAUACAAUAAGUGUUUCUUGUAUCUUUUCUGCUCUUUAGAGUUUAGAAGAAGCAAUGGAAUGGGAUGACAGAGGAGGCCCACUCUGUUUCAGUA